AUGUCUGCUGCUGCAAACCGACAACCUCUCUACCUCCGAUGCGAGAUGAAGCCGGCCGAGCACCGUGCCGCGCUCACCCCUACCACUGCCAAGAAGCUCAUUGACGCCGGAUUCGAUAUCACCGUCGAAUCCGACCCACAGCGUAUCUUUGACGACAAGGAGUACACCGACGUAGGAUGUAAGCUUGCACCGCACAACACGUUCCACUCCCUGCCUGCCGAUAUCCCCAUCAUCGGCCUCAAGGAGCUCGAGGAACCCGGUCCGGAUCUGCCGCACACGCACAUCCAGUUUGCGCACUGUUACAAGAAGCAAGCUGGCUGGGUCGAUGUACUGGGUCGCUUCAAGCGCGGCGGAGGUAAGCUCUACGAUCUUGAGUUCCUCGAGGACAAGAACGGACGUCGCGUUGCUGCCUUUGGAUGGCACGCUGGAUUCGCCGGUGCUGCGCUGGGUCUGCUUGCUCUCGCCGAACAGGUUCAGGGUGCUGAGCGACGACUUGGACCGCAGAAGGCGUACCCGAACGAAUCAGCCCUCAUCGCCCAUGCCAAGGAGCAGAUCGAGCACAUCAAGAAGUCGCGCCCAGACGGUAAGGUCAAGGCACUUGUCAUCGGCGCUCUCGGUCGAUGCGGACGUGGAGCUAUCGACUUUUUCGAAAAAGCCGGCGUCGCUUCCGAAGACAUUGUCCGCUGGGACAUUCAGGAGACUUCGGCCAAGCACGGCCCAUACCAAGAACUCCUCGAUGUCGACAUCUUUGUCAACUGCAUCUACCUCACUUCCAAGAUCCCGCCCUUCCUCGACCAGCCCACCAUCCAAGCCGCGGGUCCCGAGCGUCGUCUUGGCGUCGUCGUCGACGUUUCUUGCGACACCACUAACCCCAACAACCCCUUGCCGAUCUACGAUAUCAACACCACCUUCGACAAGCCCACCGUAGACGUCGAGACGGGCAAGGGUAACCCCGCGCUCACGGUCAUUUCCAUCGACCACCUCCCCACGCUGCUGCCGAGGGAGAGCUCCGAAGGGUUCAGCAACGAUCUGCUCCCCAGCUUGUUGCAGCUGCCUGAGGUGCUUGGCAAGGACACGACGCAGUUGGACACGCUCGAGGAAGGAAAGGGCGCUGUGUGGCAAAGGGCCGAGAAGCUCUUCCGACACCAUCUUGCCGAGGCUGAAAAGCAAGGUGCUUGA